AAAAGAAGGUAGCAUUCACUUUGGAUCUAAGGAAGCGAUCUCCAGAGAAGGCACAGCUCCAACGGGAAGCCAGCGAGUAAAAUUUAGUUCUGCUAUUUCAUCAAAGCACGUGUGUGGAUUCUAACACUUUAGAGACCCUGCACAGAUCUGGAUCCCCUGUGAACAAUGGAGACAGCGCUAGCAAAAAGAUCACAACAAAGGCAAGUUGUUUUUCUUACUAUGCUGUUGCUUUUGUGUGUGUCUGGUUCAGAGGCGAUUAAAUAUUCCAUGCCAGAAGAAACAGAGAGUGGCUACUUGGUGGCUAACCUGGCACAAGAUCUGGGGAUCAGGGUUGGGGAACUGGCAGCUAGAGAGGCACGAGUCCAUCACAGAGGAAUCAAAGACCUCUUGCAGCUGGAUGCAGAGACAGGAAAUCUGUUCUUGAAGGAAAAAUUAGACCGUGAGGUGCUGUGCGGGGCGACAGAACCCUGUGUGCUGCACUUCCAGAUCAUACUGAAAAACCCUGUGCAGUUCUUUCAAACUGAACUGCAGCUCACAGAUAUAAAUGACCACUCUCCGGAGUUCCCUGACAUGGAAAUGCUCCUAACAAUCCCUGAGAGCGCCCAGCCAGGGACUGUGUUUCCUCUGAAGGCAGCUCAGGACCCUGACAUAGGGAGCAACGCUGUUCAGAACUAUACAGUCAGUCCCAACCUCCAUUUCCAUGUCAUUACUCUCAGUCGCUCAGAUGGCAGGAAAUACCCAGAGCUGGUGCUGGACAGAGCCCUGGACAGGGAGGAGCAGCCUGAGCUCACUUUAAUCCUCAUGGCUCUGGAUGGGGGAGCUCCACGAAGGUCUGGGAUGACCACAGUUCAUAUUGAAAUCAUGGACAUCAAUGACAAUGCUCCCCAGUUUGUACAAUCGCUCUAUGAGGUGCAGGUUCCUGAGAAUUUCCCCCUUGAUGCCUUAGUUGUCACAGUCUCUGCCAGGGAUUUAGAUGCUGGGAUAUAUGGCAAUAUAGCCUACUCUCUGUUUCAAGGUGAUGGAGACUCCCAACCAUUUGUAAUAAAUGAAAUCACAGGAGAAAUCCGUCUAAGCAAAAAGUUGGAUUUUGAAGUAACUCCAUACUAUAAUGUGGAAAUCGCAGCUGCGGAUGGAGGGGGACUUUCAGGAAAAUGCACUGUAGCUGUUCAGGUGUUGGAUGUGAAUGAUAAUGCUCCAGAGUUGACGAUCUCUACGCUCUCAAGCCCUAUCCCCGAAAACUCCCCAGAGACUGUCGUUGCUGUGUUUGGUGUUUUUGACCCGGAUUCUGGGGACAAUGGGAGGAUGGUGUGCUCUAUUCAGAACGAACUUCCAUUUCUUUUAAAGUCCACAUUUGAGAACUAUUAUACUUUAGCGACAGAGAGGCCACUGGAUAGAGAGAGUAUCGCUGAGUACAACAUCACCAUCACUGUCUCAGACAUGGGCACACCCAGGCUCGCAACCCAGCACACUAUAAAAGUGCAGGUGUCUGACAUCAACGACAACGCCCCCGCCUUCACGCAAACCUCCUACACCCUGUUUGUCCACGAGAACAACAGCCCCGCCCUGCACAUAGGCACCAUCAGUGCCACAGACUCAGACUCAGGCUCUAAUGCCCACAUCACCUACUCGCUGCUGCCGUCCCAGGACCCUCAGCUGGCCCUCUCCUCGCUCAUCUCCAUCAACGCUGACAACGGGCAGCUGUUUGCGCUCAGGGCAUUGGAUUAUGAGGCCCUGCAGGCCUUCGAGUUCCGCGUGGGCGCCACAGAUGGAGGUUCGCCCGCGCUCAGCAGCCAGACUCUGGUGCGCGUGGUGGUGCUGGAUGACAAUGACAAUGCGCCCUUCGUGCUCUACCCACUGCAGAACGCUUCUGCGCCCUACACUGAGCUGCUGCCCAGGGCGGCGGAGCCUGGAUACCUGGUCACCAAGGUGGUGGCAGUGGACCGCGACUCUGGCCAGAAUGCCUGGCUGUCAUUUCAGCUGCUCAAGGCUACGGAGCCUGGGUUGUUCAGCGUGUGGGCGCACAAUGGCGAGGUGCGCACCACCAGGCUGCUGAGUGAGCGAGAUGCACCCAAACACAGGCUGCUGUUGCUGGUCAAGGACAAUGGAGAGCCUCUGCGCUCUGCCAGCGUCACAAUGCACGUGCUAGUGGUGGAUGGCUUCUCUCAGCCCUACCUGCCCCUGCCAGAGGUGGCGCUGGAUCCUACACGGGAAGAAGAUAAUCUCACGCUGUAUCUUGUCAUCUCUUUGGCAUCUGUGUCUUCUCUCUUCCUCUUGUCCGUGCUACUGUUCGUGGGGGUGAGGCUGUGCAGGAGGGCCAGGGAGGCCUCUCUGGGAGGCUGCUCUGUGCCUGAGGGACACUUUCCUGGCCACCUGGUGGACGUCAGCGGGGCAGGGACCCUGUCCCAGAGCUACCAGUAUGAGGUGUGUCUGAGCGGAGACUCUGGGAUUACAGAUUUUAAGUUCCUGAAGCCCAGCAUUCCCAACAGUCUGAUUCCAGACAAUUACAUGUUGAAUAGUUAAAAUUACGGAAAAUUCUUAGUAAUCAUCAGGAGAAGGAUAAGUCGGAGUAGCUUGGA